AUGACGGAGCACGUUAGGAAAUUUUCGAGGCUAGUUGAUAACUUCGGCAGAAUUCAUGAUUAUUUACGUAUUUCUUUAACAGAGAAAUGUAAUUUAAAAUGCUUGUACUGUAUGCCAGAUGGUUAUAUGCAUAAAAAUAAAAAUUCUGCAAACAUGAUUCAAUCAAAGGAAAUUAUAUUUCUUGCUGAUUAUUUCUGCCGCCGUGGUGUACGGAAAAUCCGACUAACUGGUGGUGAACCAUCCAUGCGACCAGAUUUACUUCAAAUUAUAAAAUCUUUAAAUUAUUUAAAAUGUGAACACAAACACUUCACUGAAAUAGGCAUGACCACAAAUGGAGUAAAGUUUAAGCGAAACGCUGUGGCACUGAAAGAGAGUGGAUUGAAUUCUGUCAAUAUUAGUUUGGAUAGUUUAAAAUCUGAACGAGUAUUAAAUUUAACUGGACAAGCUACAUUCAAGCAUUCAAUGGCUGCUAUAAUAAAAGCAGUUGAAACUGGAUUUGAAAGGGUUAAGGUUAACUGUGUCGUGAUGAGAAAUUUCAAUGAUGACGAAUUAUGCAACUUUGUUGAAUUAACACGAUAUUUAGUAAGUUCUCUUAGUGAAUUUCAAUUUGUUUAA